CAGCAGCAGCUCCAGCAGUAGCUCCAACGCGAGCGCCAAGGGGAAACCCUCCGACGGGAACAAGAACGGGCCGCCUAAACCCAAGGGUGAUGUCGCGGCUAAGCCUCGCGGACGCUCUGGGUCUCGCUCGGUGUCCCGCUCUAAAUCAAAGUCGCCCAAGCGCCGCAGCCCUUCGCCUCCCAGCAUGCUCCAUGUGUCCAACCUCACCCGUAACGUUAAGGCGGACCACCUCAAGGAGAUCUUCGGGUCGUACGGCAAGGUAACCUCGGUCGACCUGGCCGUCGACAAGCGGGUCAAUCUGCCCAAGGGCUAUGCCUUCGUGGAGUUCGUGGAGAGGGCGGAGGCGGAGCAGGCGCAGCUGUAUCUGGACGGAGGGCAGCUGGACGGCAACAGGAUCAAGGUGGCCUUCGUGCUGGUGACCAAGAAGCGCAGACAGUCGCCCUCGCCCAGGUCGAGGGAAGCUGAACGACGUGAGCGGGAGCGGGAGCGGGAGCGCGCCGGCCGCGGCCGCUUUGCCGGACAGGCGCGCGGAAGCUUCGGCAAUGGUAGCGGGAGCUUUAGCGGCCAGGGAGGCGGUGGAGGCGGCAGCGGACACUAUGGGCCCGCCGGGGGCGGCGGCGGCGGCAGCUCCGGCGGCGUUGGAGGCUACGGCGCCAUGGCCGCGGGCGCUGGCUUCCGCGGGAGGGACCGGUCGCCGCCCCGUGGUGACCGGAGGGGGGGUGGGGGAUUCGGCGGGUCUACCUCGUACGCCGACAGGGCACGGAGCCCCCCCCGCAGGAGGUCCUCCCCCCCCCGCAACCGCCGCUCCGACAGGAGGAGCCGCAGCCCUGUACGCCGUCGCCGGUCUGCCUCGCCCAGGAGGAGGUCGUUCGGAAACAGGCGCAGGUCGCGCAGCAGGAGCCGGUCCCGCAGCCGCAGCAGGAACAGGCGCCGUGGGGGGCGGUCGUCCUCAUCCUCCAGCUCCGGCAGCGGCAGCGGCAGCGGCAGCGGCAGCGGCAGCGGCAGCGGCAGCGGUAGCGGUAGCGGCAGCGGUCGGAGCCGCAGCCGGAGCUCCGCGUCGAAGUCGAGCUCCUCGUCGAGCAAGAGCGGCGGCGGCAGCAACAGGAGGUCGGCGUCUCGCUCGCCCGCGGCGAAAGCCCCAGCCACGGCGGAGGCGUGAUGGGAAAAAUUCCAAGAAAUUUCGCGUUGCUGGAGGGGAAGUUACUCUGUCUGCGGUUCCUCACGGACGGGGCUCCGUUUGAAGCGUGUGGGGCACCCCCCGGCUUUACGCCUCCCUACAGCGUUGUUCAGUGCAUGCAUAGUCCGUUGUCGGAAGAGUGAAGGGGGCGCCAAAUACCCAUGUAUCGUCAAGAGUUUUUCCGCCAAAUCAAGAAAAUACCACACCGUCAUGCAUAUUUAGUCGUUUUGUUGGCCCUUUUCUCGUUGUCGACUUUGGCUGCCGACCAACAAGUUGUAGCCGGGGGGGUAUGCACUGGCGUCGUGUGCCUGGUGGAAGAUGAAGAAAGAAAAAUAUUCGACUUUUUGAGGGUGUACUGCUUUGUGCAAAAUAGUGUGGUCGCAACGGCGUGUUCUCGCAGAACUGCUUCGGAGAGAUGACGUUUCGGUAUUGUUGAGGGGAUGAAAAGGAUCGAGGAGGGGAGCGCGCACCCCCAUGGUUCUGUCUCUGUUAAAAAUGUGGAUGCGUCUGUAGGUUGUGGCUGAUCGUGGCGUGAACAUGGCAAAUUUGUGCCACCGCUAUGUGGACGUGGGUGGCAACCGCGCGUUGGAGGCGCCCGCAGGAAAGUAGAUAUUUCUUAGGAUGGAAGGUUCUUCAGAACUGUCCCAGGAUCAUUAAAAAUCAUACAAAGGUCGGGAACUGGUGGGCGACUUGUGCGUGAGGCGGUACAGCAGCAUCACCAGGUCGGUCGACCUUAUCGGGCAUUGCAGUACAGCCAGUCGCCCCGGUGGUCUAGUUACCUCGAAACCUUCUAGUGGUCAGGUCAGGGGUUCGAAUCCCGGCGUAAGCGAGCUUUUCUUGCAAAAUGAGUUUUUCUCUCGGCUCCGCGCCUGGCCUGGUGGAUAGCGCUAGGUUGUGUGUACACGGAGGGAAG